CUAGAAAUGCUAUAAAUUGCUGAGGGGAGUUCAUGAGCUCUCUAUCUGCAACCAAUAGUAAAGAUUUACAAGUAAACCAGAAACACACAAAACCCUUACUUAAAAAUGGCAGUGAUGAGUCACGACAAAGCAGCAGGCAGGCUAUACGAGUCAGCUAACACUCGGCCAAUUCCUUACUCACAAAUUGUUGGCCAAGAGAACGGAGGAGACGAUGACGAUGACGACAGUGACGUGGCUCCAGCGGCUUAAUCAUGCGUAUUUAUAAACAUAAAUAACUAUAUAUCAGUUAAUUAAGUAGUAAUUGUGAUUCUUAUCUUAGAACC